AUGCAUAAAAAAAUAAUAAUAUAUUAUUUUUACAUCUACGGAAUUUUUAUUCUUAUAUUUUUAAAUUAUGAUGAUAUAAUAAAUUUAUUAAAAAAAAAUAUUUUUUAUAAUUACAAUAAUGAAGUUAAUGGGUUUAAAUCUUUUUCAAAUAAUGAGAAUUAUAAUAAUAAUAAUAUAAUUAAAAAUAGUAAUAAUAAUAAAUCAUAUGAAUAUAUAUUAUAUCUAUCAUCCUACAUAUAUAAAUAUAUGUAUGAUAUAUAUUCUCAUGUAUUUAAUAAUUUAAAAAAGAAAAAAAACAAUGAUUAUUAUCAUAAUACAGAAGUACUAUCAGAAAAAAAAUUUUAUCUAACAAAUUCUCUUUACAUUAAUAAUACUAGAAAAUUAUCAGUUACGGAAGAAAAUGAAGAUUUAAAACCUUAUGUAAAAUCAGGGGAGAGAAAUGAAACUGUUGUAAAUUUACAUGAAUAUUUUACUGGAAAUAAUAAAAGAAAAAAAAACAAUAACGAGAUUGUAAUAGAUACAUCUGAAAAGUUUCAUAGGGUAGUUAUUAUUUGCUUUAAGCCAUCUCUAACUUAUUCUCAUAUUAUUACCAGACCUAAUGAUGCUUUUCAUCAUUUUCUUGAAGAGAGUAAUCAAAUAUCUUCAUCAGAAGAAAUUUAUCCUAUUCCAUUUUUUCAAGAUGAAGGAAAUUGGGGAUUAAAAAAUAUUUUAUCUAAAGGAGUUAUUGAUUUUAUGAUACCAUCGUAUUCACUUCAGCUAGUAGAUAUUAUGAUUACAUGCUCAAAUAAUGAAAUAGAUGAAACAUAUACAUUCGAAGAUUUAAUAAAAGUUAGAAUACGUAUACCCAGAAGUACUAGAAAAAUACUAGGAGUUAGCACUGAUGAGAAAGAUAAAGAUAUAUUUGAAAGAAUUGUUCAUGAAGAUAUUAAUGAUUAUACUUUUCGUAGUUAUCACAAUAGAAUACUUGGAUUAAAAUUAGAAGAUGCAGAUUUAGAUCCUUUCGAUUGUUUUAAAACUGUUUAUGAAGAGGAAAAACGAGUUCAUUUAGAAGUUGCCUUCCAAUUUAUAAAGUGCUUAAAUAUGGAUAGAGGAAAUAUAAAAUUAAGAUUUUUUUUCCUACUAGAAGAAUUUUCAGAUGAUGAAAUUCAAUUUUCUUGUUCAUUUACUUAUAAAAAAAAAAAAAAAAAAGUAACCUUUGGAAAAGGAGAAGUAACGACUUUCAAAGAAAUGCAUUUUUUAGAAGAUGAUAAACCUGAAUAUCUAUAUUAUAAUGAUGCUCCUUACAAAAUUUGUAACUUUGAAUAUAAAGCUGGAUACAAUGUUCAAGUGUGCGAAAGAACUAUUAGUGAAUUCACACUUUUUGUAUAUAAUUGUGAAAUGAUAAAAGGCACAAAAAUUCUUGGUACUGAACCGGUUUCUUCUAUACGAUAUUUAAACGAAACUUACAAAAUUGAUAAAUUUAGUGAUAUCACUUUAUUUACAAAAGAUAUAGAUAUAUUAGAUAUAGAAAAAAAAUUUCCUAAGUAUAAAUUUUUUAUGACUUCUUAUAUUGAUCAUGGCCCUUAUCCUUUAAUUAUUGAAUGUAAUAUACCUUAUGGAAGAGAUAAAUUUCAAAAAGCAAAUAUUUUGUUACAUUUAAGAACAAACUUACAAAAAAAAAGUGUAUUUUUUUGUGAUUUUACAAAGUCUCGCAACUAUAGUUUUUUAAAUAGUUACUCUUCAGGAGAUACAUGCAAUAUAACCGUUAGUUCCAAUUCAAGAUUUGGAUUUAAGUGUCCAGAAGGAACUGUUAAAAAACCAGAUAAAUGCUUUUCAGAAGUAUAUCAAUCAGAUAAAAUUUACAAAUUAAAAGAUAAGUCUGCUAGAAAUCUGGUUAUUUAUUCCAUUAAGCAAGAAAAUUUAGCUGUAGCAGCCUUUCAUAAUCACAUAUCUAAAUCGUUUGAAUUUGAAUGUCACUGUGUAAAUAAAUCUAAUCAAGAUACAAUAGUAAAAAAAGUUUUAGUGAAAUAUGUAAAUCAUGAUGAACUAUAUGAUUAUAAUAUAUAUGAUAAAGUUCCUCAUGAAUCAUUAAUUAAAAAUCCUGAAAAAACCCAUCUAUGUGACUUUGUAAAUGAUAAAUCUGUUUUAGAACCUAAAACUAGAACACCUAAAAAUUAUGUUUGUGUUAUUCAUCCUAAGCCAUUAGAAUAUGUUGCUCUUAAUUGCCCCAUUAGUCUAGUUGAUGAAGAAAAUGAAAAAAAAAUAUCUGAAUUAUCAACUAUGGAUGAAGAAGGUGCCGAAGAUAUAAAUAUAUAUUUAAAAAAAAGAAAUAUCUAUUCCAAUUUAACUCAUUUACCAAAAAAUGCACCACUACAUGUAAUAGAUAAAAGUGCAUUGGAUGUUGUUGAUAUUAAUGAAAUUAUUCCUGGAGUUUUAGUUAAAGAUAUUAUUAAUAUCAUGAUAACUGAUGUAGGAGAAAACGGAGAUAUUUCUGCUUCUCAUGGUGUAGAAACUAUUCAACUAGGAAGUAAUAAAUUAUACGAUAAAUAUAUAGGACUUGAAAAUAAUAUAGAAAAUGGGUUUUUUAUUUUUCAAUUACCUCCUUAUUUAAAAAGAAAUCAAACAAUAGAAUUUGCUUGUAUAAAUGACAAAACAAGAAAAGGUGGAAAUUUAGGAAAUAAUGGAAUAAUGACUGUUUAUAUAAGGUCUGCUGGUAGUAUAAUAGAUGGUUGUUAUUUUUAUAAAAAUAAUCCUGAAAAUACCUAUUUAAAAAAAAAUAUUAAAGUAGGUUCAGCAGAAGAUUGUAACAUAAAAAGUGACGGAGAACUUGAAUAUAUUGGAAUAGCUUGUCCAGCUGAAAAUAACUUAUUUUUAACUCCUCCUGAGUGCUUUUUAGAAACAUAUGAUAAAUCAGAUGUACCAAUCAGAAUAACAGAAUAUGAUAAAGGUUUUAAACAUUUUUCUAAUGAUAAAGGAAUUUCUUAUCUAAAAAUUCCUCAAAGCUUCUUAGGCUACAUAAAUUUAUUUUGUUAUUGCAAUACAGAAGAAGGUGAAGAUGGAAUCAUUAAAAAAGAAAAUAAAAUAAAUAUUGAAUUAAAUGUUUCUAACGUAGGUGUAUCCGAAAUUAAAAUGAUAGAUCAUAUUUUUGAAUCCGAUUUUUUAAUUGGAAACGAAUUUGUUGAUAGAAAACCCAUUGAUAUUGUAAGAAAAAAACAUAUUUGUGAUUUUACUAAAAAAGAAAGUUCCUUAGAUCCAUACAAUGAAUUAUUAAUUAUUCAUUCUUGCUUUUUAGAAAUAGAAGAUAACUUAAAUCUAAUAGAAAUUAUAUGCCCUAGAAAUGUUAAGAGUCCUAAAAAGGCAGGUGGUAGGGCAACGAGAGAAGAUUUACUCGGUCACUCUGAAGAUUUAGAUCAAGAUGACGAAGAUCAUAUAAAGAAAUAUAAAAAUAUGAAAUACUAUCCAAAUAAUUUUGAUGAUGAACUAUUAAAUUAUAAUAAAAAAGUAAAAAUAGAGGAUGUAUUACCAGGAAUAAUUAUACUUGAUAAAAAUAGGCCCUUCGGAGAAAAAGGACAUUUUACUUUUGUUUCUCCAUUAAUAGUUGAAAAUGAUGUAACUCUCAAAUUAAAUUGCGAUAAUUCAGAAACUGUUAUUGGUAAUAAAAAAGGGAGAAAAGGUACUAUUGUUGUAAAAAUUCCAAAAAAUACAACUGAUAAAAAGUUUUAUGGUUGUGACUUUUCAGGAAAUUCUAAAAAAACAUUUUAUUAUUCUUCUGUUUAUGAUUUAAAAAUAAAAAGUGAAACAUGUGAAAUUAAUUUAAAAGAAAAUAUAAUUGUUAGUCUUAAUUGUCCCCAAGGGCAAAUAAAUCCCACUAACUGCUUUAAAGAUGUAUAUAUAAAAAGCAAUAUGGGAGAAGAAUUACAAGAAAAAAUAGAAAAUAUCUUUAAUGAUGUUAAAAUUAUAAAUGCUCACGAUUUAACUAACAGUUCUCCCACAUUUCUAAUAAUUUCAAAAAUAACCAAACAAGAAUUAAAUUUUUAUUGUACUUGUGAACAUUAUGAAAGUAAAAAUAUAGGUACUCUAUAUGUAAAAAAUAAAGAAAAUUUGAUAUUUUCUAAAGAAUAUGAUAACAAAAAAACUGUGUUUAUAGAAGUUAGUCCUUAUUAUGCGAAAGAUACAUAUGUUUGUGAUUUUACAGAACAAAACUAUUUCAUUUCUCUAAAUAAAGAAGUUGAUAUAACAGAUAUUCUUAAAAAAUAUCUAAGUUUUCUAUUAAUAUAUAAGCAUGAUGAAUUUCGUCAUUUUAGCUUAAACUUGAAGUUGAGAAAAGAGGCUAUGAAAAAACAGUAUAUAAAUUAUUUAAAAAAAAAAAUAGAAGAAUUAGACGAAAGUCCAUAUGAUGAAAGUCAAUAUACAGACAAUAUAAUUAUUUACAGAUGUAAUAUUGAUCUUAGUGCCUUCGAUAAAUUUAUAGUUAAAUGCCCAUCAAAGAACGUAGAUGAUCCACAAAACAAUUUUCAAAACAUUAUUUAUAGCUCUAAUUUAGGUUUAAAUGAAAAUACAAUGUUAAAGGGACUAAAUAAUACUUUAUAUGGAACAUUAUUAAUUAAUAAAAAUCAAAAUACUUCCUUUUUUGAAAAAGGAGAAUUAGAGCUUAUCAUAUCCCCAUAUGCAGACUCUUCUAAAAGUAUCAAUUUUUCAUGCGAAAAUGUUCAGAAAGAUGGGACAGGGAAAAUUGGUUCUGCUUCUGUAUUUAUUAAAAAGAAUGACAAUAAGAUAUUAGGUUGUGAUUUUAUAGAUAUGUCGUAUGAAGCAGAUUCUGAUUCUUCACACAUAAAUGGUGAAUCAAGACGUAACAAAAAAAAUUCUUUUGAAUUUGAAAUAGAAUUAGUAGAAGGAAAAAACGUAUACUGCAAUAUUGAAGCUAUUGAAAAUGAUAUCGUCGGCUUUAGUUGCCCUCACAAUUUUGUUACAUCUCCUCAAAAUUGCUUCGAAACUGUUCAAAAAGAAGGUCUAGAUAAAGAACUUGAAAUACAUAAACUAGAACAACUAGUAAAAGGAGUUAAAAUUUUAAAUAAUGAAAUAUAUAAGUAUAACUUUACCCCUUCUUAUAUUAUCCUACCAAAAAGAAUAAAAAAAUCUCUAAAAAUAUUUUGUACGUGUAAUUCAAUCAAACAAAUAAAAACGGGAAUUAUUCAAUUAAAUAUUAUAGGGGAUGAUUUAAAUAAUUGGUUUAAAAAAGAAAUAACUCAUAAUAUUUAUGCAUUUGAAAAAAUGGAAUAUUUUUAUGAUUUUUCUUCUGGACCUCUUAACAUUAGCUCUGAAAAUGUUCUCAGCGUAUUACCAGAAUUAUUAGAGUCUUAUGAUUCAUUAAGUGUAAACAAAGAUCAAUACGAAGAGACAGAAGUAGAAAAAAGACAAAAUCUUAGAAAAUCUGAAAAAGCGAAAUUUCCUCCAUAUAAUUUAUUAAAUUAUAAAGGAACCAUGUCGGGACAUAAUAGUCUCUCACAUGAGGUACCAGUUGAUACGCAUGAUAAAGAUCCUAAGUAUAAAUUAAGUGACGAUGAAUUUGUAAAAAUAGAAGAUGAAGAAGAUGUAGAAGAAGAAAAUGUUUUAAACCCUUUAAGAACAAAACAAGUAUUUGAAAUUAGUGUGGCUGCUUCUGAAUUUAGCCAAAUAAAAAUUAUAUGCCCCCUUCGAAAUUCACUGCACUACAGGCAAUCAAAAAUUAGUCCUGAAAAUUUUUUUGAGUAUGUAUAUGUUUCAGAAAAUCAAUUAAAUAAAAGAAAAAAAAAAGGAGUUAAUGAUGAUAGUUUAAUAACAGAAAUAGUAGAGGAUUCAGCUGAAACAGAUGAUGAAGAAAAUAGAAUUAGAGAAGCUAUGAAGGAAAAGGAAGAAACAAAAGUAACUUACGAUGAUUUUGGAAAUAAAGUAAUUAUAUCUAUAAAAUCGGAAAAGCCAAAGGCUACUGUAGAAGAUAUAGAUAAAUUAAAUGAGGAUGAGGAAAUUUCUAAUACAAAAAAAGAAGUAUUAGUUAUGAAAAAUAUCAAUGAAGUGAUUUCUUUUGUUACAUAUAAAAGAGAAAUAAGUGAUAAAAAGUAUGUUGGCACAUUAUAUGUUUCGCCGCUUCUAUUAAAUGAAGCAAACUUUUUUAUAUUGUGUGAUAAUUCACUAACUUUAAAUGAAAGUAAAAGAGGAAAAACAGGAAUUGUAAAAAUUAACAUAAAGCCGAAUUUUUUAAAAAUGCAUGGAUGUGAUUUUGUCGGUGAUUAUUCAACUCAUUUUUAUUUUAGUAGUAAAUGGGAGAAAUUAUCAAAUAACUAUGUUUGUGAAAUUAAAGUAGAGGAUGAUGCAUUAAUCGGUCUUGCAUGCCCUUCUCAUACGAAAAUGCAUCCUUCAGAUUGUUUUGAAAAUGUAAUUAAAGAUGAUGAAGUUUUUAAAAAGGAUGUCUUGAUUGAAUCAAAAAAUACCUUUCUGUUUAAAAGUAAUGGUAAACCUAUUUUAUCUUUUAUUCAUAUUAAAAGAGUUAUUUCGAAUUAUUUCAUAUGUAAGUGCUAUAGUAAUGAAAAUGGGGGAUACAAAGAAUUAUCUAUGAAAAUAUUAUAUGAACCUUAUGUUAUGGGUACCCCCAAAGUGAACCUGGAAAAACCAAUUAUAGAAUAUAAAGAUAUUGAUUUAAAUCUUAUGAAUGAAUAA